CUGUGCGAAUGAAUGAAUGAAUGAAUGCGAAUGGUUGCUGGAACGUUCUGAUUCAUAAUGCUGGAUUUUUGUGCUGCUUGGGGUUGUAAAAGCUGUCUAGUAUUAGAAACGCAGAGUACUGGAAUAAACUUUAUUUAAUGCUAUGCUAGUAACGUUAACUUUAAUACAGUUUCACUGCUAUCCUGCAUUAAAGUGUUAGUCUUAGGAAAAUAACGUCACUGCUGGGAAUUAUACCUUAUAAAACUAGGCAUGUUCAAUAGUUUACUGUCUAAAUCGGGAACAUGUUCUGUUUAGUUGGUCAACUUUGACCCUUUAAGUCAAAGGAAGUGACGUCAUAUGCGCGACCCUUGAAAGUUCGUGGCAUUUCUGGCUUCAUCUGAUUUGCAAAGUUUUUAACCAUUUUUUCCCCCCACAGCAGAACUGAAAACAAAGUAUGGCUCCUAAGAGGUGUGUCGUUCAAGACUGUGCAAGAAUAGCUGAUAAAAAAAGUGGAAUUUCGAUUCAUUACAGCCCAGAGUCGACAGGGCGCUUAUGGAAUGAAUGGGUUCGGUUUGUCCGGACAAACAGAGGUAACUUCAAGCCGACAGGACGCUUUGGGGUCUGCUCCAUGCAUUUUGAACAAGAUAAAUUUGUGAGGCAGAUUCACAUAGCGGGAUUUCAGCGGCGUCUGGUGCGCGGAGCAGUUCCUACCAUCUGGAAACAGAAGUCUGAAGCGCUGUCCCAAAAAGCUCACCGCACAGCUCUGAAAGAGAUUCUCUCACAACAUGAGCAAAAUGUACGCCCUUCAAAUAAUACUGCAUCUCCAGGUAUUUUGUCCGAGUGUGCUAUAGACAAAUUACCUGAGGCAUCUGGGUCUGCUGUAGUACAAAUGGCAGCUCCUCCUUCUUCAGAUACUGCAUCAUCGGCACAAACACAAACGGCCUUUCCACCCUCUCCAUCUACAGCAUCUGAAACGGCCUCUCCCUCAAUUGAUAUGGAAUUAACUCUUCCUCCUGCUCACUGUUCCACCGGCCCUGGAGAUGUAGAGUGUGAUUUUUGCACCGAGAGGAAACACAAAGCCGUCAAGUCCUGUCUGAUUUGUCUGACCUCCUUUUGUGAAACUCAUCUGAAACCUCAUAACGAAGUUCCGGCUUUGAAAAGGCACAAGCUGGAAGAGGCCACGACGCAGCUGCAGAAGAUGAUCUGCCCACAGCAUUACAAGCUGAUGGAGGUUUACUGUCGUACUGACCAAAGCGCCAUCUGUUGCAUGUGUAUGAUGGAUGAACACGCAGGUCAUGACACCAUCAUGCUUGCAUCAGAAAGAAACAAGAAAGAGAGUGAGCUAAAGAAGGAGCUGAUGAAAUCCCAGCAGAGAAUCCAGGAGAAGGAGAAGGUGGUGCAGGAGCUGAAACAGUCUGUCAACACGAUAAAGCUCAGUGCACAGACAGCAGUGGAGGGCAGUGAGCGGAUCUUUACUGAACUGAUCAGCUCCAUGGAGAAAAAGCGCUGGGAGGUGACGGAGCUGAUCAGAGAUCAGGAGAAGGCUGAACUGAGUCGAGCUGAACGACUCCUGGAGCAACUGGAGCUGGAGAUUGCCGUUCUUCAGUGGAGAGUCACUGAGCUGGAGCAGCUUUCAUACACACACGAUCACAUCCAUUUCCUCCAGCGUUUCCAGUCAGUCACUUCAUCUGAAUAUAAGGACUCGCCAAUCAUCACGAUUAAUCCCCGUCUCUCACUCGACAAUGUGAAGGAGUAUCUCUCAGGCCUGAAAAUGCGACUUGAGGAAUUCUGCGCUGAGGAAAUUAAAUUCUCUCCACCAGAUUCUGCGGUUCAGAUGAUAUCCCCUUCAGAGCCACAGAGCAGGGAAGAUUUUUUGAAAUCAAGCUCGUGUUUCGCUACGGCUCAAAAUAUGGAUUCUCCACUGUCGAGAUUUCUUCGAGUUCGUGGUGUACCAGAGGACUGUCUCCUUCGCAUGGAGCAAGAUCAUAUUGAUGCCACAGUCCUUGAUUUUAUGGACGACAACAUUCUGGCUGGCUACAUCCCAACUUAUGGAGAUAGGAUUGCAGCAAGACGCUUCUGUUUGCAACAUCAUGGUGCAAAAAACAAAGAAUCAUCAAAACAUUCAAUGCUUGAAAAACUGAAAAAAAGAAAGGGCAUUGGCGGGAGUGAUAAUGACACUUGCAACGAGGGGACUUAUACCGAAAGACAGAGAAGAAGUUACGCGCAAAACAACAAAUGGGCAGAAAAAAAGACGAGAAAAGUGGAGUUGGGAUGGAUCCAUGAAGGUAAACAAGUCCGAAAACGCAAAGGAGGGGGGACAAGGACCCUUGAUGUCCCCAAAGAAUCAAAGAAAGGAGACAUACUACAGUAUGCCAAAGAUAUCUUCUUCCCGAACGGAAAAAAUAGAUUAGGAAAUUUUGGAACAUUUAGUCAUGACAUAGUAGAUUAUCAGGAGGAAGCUAUUUUUGAUGAUGUUAUUACAGUUGGAGAACUGUACAGUUUACUAAGAGUAGGAGUGUUGAGAUUCUACCUGUGCACUAAGGUCCCAAAAGAUGACGACGAUGAAGAACGUGUUGGGAGAGAUUCAAAUGUGAACGAGGAUGUACUACAGAAUGACAUGCAAGAAGAGGACGAGCAGCAUCUUCAAACUGUUGAUACAGAGGCAUUAGACACAGCUGAGGUUGAGGUGAUGCUUGACCCCCAUCUUGGAGAACCCAUGGCUGGCCAAACGGAUAACACUUUAUGUCAACCUGGCCUGCAGCUCAAUGAGGACAAUGCCGUCACAUCAGCCCUCUUUCCCAGAACAAGCUCAGCACUCAUUACUCCAGACACAGCAUAUGUGCCUCCCCCCGUGCCUUCCCCCCCAUGCCUCCUCCCACAAGCACGGCAAACAUUACUUCAGAGUCAGCAUCUAUUGAUGAUGUAGCAAGUAUCUCUACAGCUUCAUGUGAUGUGCAUAUCACCAUUAAACUUCACAGGGUCAAUCUUCUGGAGGAGAUGAUAGACCAAUUUAAGGAUUCAUCACUUGUCAAGUACCCCCUUCAUAGAUGAAAAAGGAGCUGACCUAGAUGGUGUCUCAAGGGAUGUAUAUUCUGCAUUUUGGGCACAACUCAUGGACCACACAGCUGAAGGAGGACCUGAGGGUUCCAUCGCUGUGUCCUAAAUGGCAAGAGGAAGAAUGGAAAUCCAUUGGCCGGAUUCUACUAAAAGGAUUUCAAGACCAUGGCUAUUUCCCCUAACGCUUAUCCCCUGCUUUCAAUGUAUCACUUAUUUUUGGUGACAAUGAAGUCUCGGAUGAUUUGCUUUUUGAAAGUCUUCUUCUGUUUGUUAGUCAAUCAGAUAGGAAUCUGAUCACCACUGCGUUAAAAGAAGAUCUUUCAGAGGAUGACAGGGAUGAGCUGAUUGACCUGUUGGACCGCAUGGAUGUAACAGCCCUUCCAACACAACAGAAUUUGAAAGGCAUCCUUCUAAAGGUGGCACACAAACAGCUGAUCCAAAAGCAUGUGAGAAGAUGUCCUUGAUUGCUGGUUCCUCCCUAAAAGAAGCAUUUGCGAGCCCACAAGAUGUCUUGCUUCUUUAAGCCAACAACUAAAAAGCUUUUGAAGUUACUACAUGCCUCUCCUUCCACCCAAGCAGAGAACCAGAGUUUUCGUUUCCUGCAACAGUACAUUAGAGGAUUGGAUGAUGUUGGUCUCAGAAGGAUGUUAAGAUUGAUCACCGGGUCAGAUGUUGUCCGUGUUAACAAGAUUGAGAUCAUGUUUACGGCAGUAGAUGGACUUGUAUGUCGACCUGUAGCACAUACCUGUGGUCCAGUUCUGGGACUGCCAUGGACAUAUGCUUCCUAUCCUGAACUAUGCACCGAAUUUGACAGUAUACUGAUCAAUAAAACCUCAUACGAAUUUGGCAUCGCAUAGGUUUAUUAUGGUAUGCUUAUCUCAUCUGAUUGUAGCAGAAGGCAAAGUUUAGAAGUAAGAUAUUUUUGAACAUCCGAACAGAAAUGAGGUAAAAAUGUAUUCAGUUAUAUUAACAUUUGUCAUCUUUGUUUAGGGCCGUACUGUGGGGUGUUUUACCUGUUCAUGAAACGUUAGUCGUAUAUACCCUGUGUAGGUGCAUUUGGUUAAUUAUUAAGUGAUCUCAUUAAAUCAGUCUCAUUAAAUUUGAAGGUUAAUAAUUAAAAAGAAUCAGUCUCAUUUAAAUCGUUUGAAGUGAAUCAAAUCAGUGAAUCGUUCAAAUGAAUCGAAUCAGUGAAUCAUUCAAAGUAGUGAAUCAUUGAAUCAUACCAUCACUCUUGGCGCUCAAUAAUAAUUACCAAACAGCUAAAUUAUGGUAUAUCAUUAAAUUAUUACAAUCACUUACCAUUUACAUAACUGAUAUGCACCUUUUUGAAUUCUUUGCGAUUGGGGACUUCAAAAUAUAUUGAAACACCAACAAGAUGAAUACACAGAGGUUGUUUAAUAAAUGAAUUUAUUAUAACAAAGAUAAAAAUAAUAAUCAGUUGGAAAAACCGUGAGGUAGUGUAGGUGUAUAUGAGUGUGUGGGUGUGCUUAGAGAGAGAGCAAGGGUGUGUGUGUGUAUGAGGGGCUAUAAAACUUGGAAUGUUCUAUCUGAUUGUGUUGGUAUGUGUGAGUGUGGGGGAAGGGCUACCACAUGUAAAGGUUCAUGGAACAAAAGAAUAGUGUGUUAGCUCUAGCUUGUUGCUAUGCUAAGCACAUAGUGUAGGCCUGAAUUAGCCUCGUGUAGCUAACUACACGUGGUGAAUGCCUUGUGAUCCCUGGAGACAGCACAAUUAGAUCUAGAAGCUAAUGGAACAAGAGAAUUAGCUUUGGAUGCUAAUGAGCCAAAAGACAUUAACCAUAGACUAAUUUCACCAACUUAUACAGUACUGAAUCAACUAAAACUUUGAUAAGGUCAAAAUGUGUGUUAAGGAGAUUUAGGAUGUUAGUGAAAGGAAUAAGAGGAAAACAUGCACAGCCUAUUAAUUGAUAUUAAACAAAAUAAAACAAUUUAACACGCUAAGUGUUUUCAGUGUUACUGAUAAACAGUUCAUGAGUUAAAGUUCACACUACUUCAUAAAACUAAUUCCUAGACUAGUUUAAUUAUGAUUAUUAUGAUUAUGUCCAAAAAUACCAGUCUUACUCAAACAUUCUUUAGCAAGACGUGGAGAGAUAUUCACUGUGGGGAAGUUUCUGUAGAAGGCGGAGAGAACUUUCUGGUCCGACGGAGCACUCAGGUCCGACGUGAUGAAAAGAGGAUUCUUGGUCCGAACUUCAGCGUUCGUAAGAAAAAGUCUCUGAUCAGAAUUAAUCUGCACAGUGCUGUUCAGAAGGAAUCUGAUCGCUUUGAUUAAAAACUGUGUUUAAACGGCAGUCGUGACGUCACUUUAAUACGAAUGCCGGCUUGUAACUCAGGUUGAGUUUAAAGAUCGCGCUAUUCUGGAUUUUUACCUUGGCCAGAGGUGAACACAGAACGUGCUGGAUGAUAGAUCUUUGCAAAGUGAGAUGUUCCCGGGUUUGCCUGCAAAUGCGAGCGGUCUCUUUAUUGUCUGUUGGAGUUGAAGUCCACAGAGCCAGAGAUGAGGAGUUGAGCGUUUGUUCCAUUAUUUAUCUCUUCAUGGCAGACGUGGUGAUAAUCCCGCCCCCGGAGUGACGUAUGUCAACGCAGAAGUUGGCUGGGAGUUGUAGUUCUUAGACACAAAAUGGCGGCAUGAUACCUACACCUGUCCACACUAGGGAUUUUGUACCGAUACGAAACUACUUUCGUACCGCAACACCUGUCCACACUAGCAACUAUAGCGGUACUGUAGCGGUAUAACUGUAUCGGUACGAAACCCACAAAUGUAUGGGUUUCGUACCGGUACAGUAUCGGUACUGUAGCGCUUCGCUGUAGUGUGGACAGAUGAAGCGGCUCUGUAUCGAUACAAAUAUAAUGCGCAUGCGCAAAGUCACACACCUCAAUCGAUGUCUUCGCUGAAUAAAAUAGUGAAGAACGGAGAUUCGUUUGUUUCUUUCUCAACUGCCUCACGCGUUUUAUACGAUUCGACUGAAUAAAUGACCACCAGAAAUACAGACUGUACACUGACAACAAAAAGCACACACACGUUGUUUCAUCCGUACGGAAGCUGAGAGAGGCCCUUCAUAUAAUCCUUUUUUUUUUUUUUUUUAUUCACCUUGUUAUCCCGAGAUAACGACAUAAUUAAUUCAGGAUCUCGAGAAAACAACACGACUAAUUUGAGAUCUCGAGAAAACAAAACCGUUAUUUCGAGAUCUCGAGAAAACAGCUGAGAAAUGGUUCAUUCAGGUGCGCCAAGAGACUUGUGAUAUGCUGACUUUGGGGCUAUUUCUCAUUCUGUAUAGACGCAACUUUGGUCAUUAGAAUGUCUGGAAUAAUCGAUCACCUAAUAAGGCAAUAUUUUGAUCAGGGGUUGACACAGGGAGAGAUUGCAUUAAGUCUUUUAAUAAGGGAUCAUUUCAAAAUUAGUCCGCGGCACCUCCGCAGAAGACUGGCCCGGCUUCGUCUCUACUGACGGAGAUGCAGUGAUCCAGCUGAGAUCAUGAAAUAAUUUUUGUUUUCUCGAGAUCACAGAAUAACAGAUGCCAUAUAUUCUCGGAAGGAAGUUACUCAGUAACCACGGAAACAUUUCGCGCACGUGCAUUUCAACUACCGUGAAAGAAAACCGCAAACAUUUCUCGCUAGUGUGGACAGAUGCGCUAAACUGUACCGGUAUACUUUGUAUCGAUACAGUUAUACCACUUUCGUACCGGUAUAAGUGUGAACACAGCAAUAAUGCCUAAUCUGUUUGAGAGCUGAAGGUGCACAUGCUUUCCGUUAUCUGUCAAGUUUGAGCAAAGCAAGCCAGUUACCUUAAACUUGUUGAUGAGUUUCAAAGCGCAAUGAGCUCGAGACCUGACCACUUUUGUGUUAUGGAUGUAACACUGUUAAUCCUAGCCUAUUUCUGUUCUCUUGUUAGUUGCUGGUGAGUUUACACAGAGCACAAUAUGCUCUAGUUCUGUGUGGGGUUAUGAUGCCACUGUCUCAUAGCUUAUUUUUACCAACCUGGAUUUACCAUGGAACACUUGUUGAUGAGUUCCAAGAGAGCAAUGUGAUACUAUAAUGGUUCCUCUACAUGUUACAACAAAAUAAAAUUUGACUUGCUCUUGUA